AAAAACAAGGAGUUGCUAGUGAUAGCACAUCUUCUGCUGAAAACAAUGAUCAAAAUGAUGGAGAAAGUUCAAAUAAGCUUUUAAAAAUUCUUCGAAUAAUUACAAAAGUAUCAACACAUUGGAGAUCAAAAUUAGCUUUCUGGAAACGAUUGAAAAAAUUAAAAGAGCCAAUAAAAUCAAAUAGUCUGUUAAAUGAAGAAUAUAAAGAAUUUAAAGAUGAUGAAUUACUUGAACAAAUUCCACAAGAAGUUGUUCAACCUUCUAGCAUUCAAUCUUUUUUGAGAAUUGGACAACGUGUUGGUGUUAUUACUUGUAAAACGAUAUGUGUUCCCACAUUUAAUCAAAAGCGAUUUGCUCACGAUCUUAUCAUAAGGAAAAAAACUGGGAAACCUAUUAUUAAAUAUGGUCCAGGAGGUCGUUCUUCGGUUAGUGGAAAUAUAGCAACUGUUUUUGGUUGUACGGGAUUUUUGGGUCGCUAUGUGGUCAGUAAACUUGCCAAACAUGGAACUCAAGUUGUUAUACCUUAUCGUGACGAAGAUUCGAAAAGACAUUUAAAAGUUACAGGAGAUUUAGGCCAAAUCGUUUCCAUGGAAUUUGAUCUUCGUAAUGAACAAAAUAUUAUUGAAGCGGUUAGACAUUCUGAUAUCGUUUAUAAUUUGAUAGGAAGAGAUUAUGAAACAAAGAACUUUACAUUUGAGAAAGUUCAUAUAGAAGGAGCAGAAAGAAUUGCAAAAAUUUGUAAAGAACUUGGAGUAUCAAGAUUAGUUCAUAUGUCGGCUUUAAAUGCUGAUGUUAACUCUCCAUCAAAAUUUUUACAAUCAAAGGCUUUGGGAGAAAGAGUUGUUAAAGAACAAUUUCCUGACGUAACUAUAGUCCGUCCUGGAUAUAUAUAUGGUCCUGAGGAUAGAUUUUUGAAUAGAUUGUCAGUGUUUUCUUAUGAAUUAAUGGUUAACCACGGAGAAACGUUAAUUAGGCCAGUUAGUGUACUAGAUGUAGCAACAGCAUUAGAAAUUAUGUUAAAAGAUGAAACAACAAUUUCUUCAACAUAUGAAUUAUAUGGAACAAAAGCAUUUAGUAUUGAAGAAAUUUAUGACAUAAUAGAUGAUCUUACGUUAAGAAAACGCACAAGAUUUAACGUACCCAAACCAAUUGCAUUGGCUAUUACAAAAUUAUUAAGUUAUUUACCUUGGCCGUAUGUAACACCCGAAGAUAUUGAGAGAUAUUGUAUAAGUGAUAAACCUGGUAAAGGAGUAACGGGCGAAGUAGUAAAAACUUUUAGUGAUUUGGGUAUUCAACCUCUUGAAUUUCAAGAUACUGCUAUUCAAGUCGUUAGAAGGUAUAGGAGUAAUAUUAAUUUUAAUCAACCUAUGGAUAAAAAUGUUGGUAGGGUUAAAAAAGGUAUUUAUUACGUUGAUUACUAG